AUGAGAUCAGUAAAGAUCAAGAUCGGAAUCAAUGGAUUUGGAAGGAUUGGUCGCUUGGUGGCGAGAGUGGCUCUGCAGAGAGACGAUAUUGAAAUCCGCGCUAUCAAUGACCCUUUCAUUACUACCGAUUACAUGACCUACAUGUUCAAGUACGAUAGUGUUCACGGGCAGUGGAAACAUCACGAUGUCAAGGUCAAGGACUCUAAAACCCUUCUUUUUGGUGACAAGGAAGUCACUGUGUUUUCACACAGGAACCCAGAAGAGAUCCCAUGGGCUGAGACUGGAGCUGAGUAUAUUGUUGAGUCCACCGGUGUCUUCACAGACAAGGAGAAGGCUGCUGCCCAUUUGAAGGGUGGUGCAAAGAAGGUUGUCAUAUCUGCCCCGAGUAAAGAUGCUCCCAUGUUUGUUGUAGGUGUUAAUGAGCACGAAUACAAGCCAGAGCUUGACAUUGUUUCUAAUGCUAGCUGCACGACCAACUGCCUUGCUCCACUUGCAAAGGUUAUUCAUGAUAGGUUUGGCAUUGUCGAGGGGCUAAUGACCACUGUUCACUCCAUCACUGCUACCCAGAAGACUGUUGAUGGGCCAUCCAGUAAAGACUGGAGGGGUGGAAGAGCUGCCUCAUUCAACAUCAUUCCCAGCAGCACUGGAGCUGCUAAGGCUGUUGGAAAAGUGCUUCCUGCUUUGAAUGGAAAAUUGACUGGGAUGGCAUUCCGUGUUCCUACUGUGGAUGUGUCUGUUGUUGAUCUUACUGUGAGGCUGGAAAAGCCGGCCUCCUACGACCAAAUUAAAGCUGCCAUCAAGGAGGAGUCCGAGGGCAAGUUGAAGGGAAUCCUUGGUUACGUUGAAGAAGAUGUGGUCUCCACUGACUUCGUUGGGGACAACAGGUCAAGUAUUUUUGAUGCUAAGGCAGGUAUUGCCUUGAAUGAAAACUUCGUGAAGCUUGUUGCUUGGUAUGACAACGAGUGGGGUUACAGCACGCGCGUUGUGGACUUGAUUGCUCACAUGGCUAAAACUCGUUAAGACGGUCCUGCAAGUAGCCUGCUCAGUGCUUUCCUUAUAUAUUUUGCCUAGUCUAGCUUCCUUUCAAGGAAACUGCGAGUCCCGAAUAAAUGGUUUUCUGCUGCAUCCCCGGUGUUGCAGUGUGAAGCGUUUGUUUCUAAGGCCUUUGUCGUUUUGGGUGCCUCUUUUGUGGAGGAAAUGGCGAUUCUGAAUCUUUAUAGCUGUACUUGACUUUCUUGUUAUGAUAUGGGACGGUUUUCGUCUUUCUGAA